AUGGUUUUAGAAGCUACUGCCCUAAUUGUUGAUAACUCAGAAUAUUCACGUAACGGUGAUUUCACACGUACUCGUUACGAAGCUCAAAUGGAUGCAGUUGAAUAUAUUUUCCAAGCUAAAAGAAAUAGUAACCCUGAAAAUACAAUUGGUUUGAUAUCUGCAGCCGGUAAUAAUCCACAAGUUUUGUCAACUUUCACAUCCGAGUAUGGUAAGAUUUUACAAGGAUUGAAUGAUAUAAGCAUUGAUGGUUCGAUAUCUUUAAACACUGCCAUACAAAUUGCUGCAUUAACUUUAAAACAUCGUCAAAAUAAAUUACAACAUCAGCGUAUCAUUGUUUUUAUUUGUUCACCAAUUCAAGAACAAGAAGCUGAUAACUUAACCAAAUUAGCAAAGAAAUUAAAAAAAAAUAAUAUUGCCGUUGAUUUAAUAAAUUUUGGUGAAACUGAAAAAAAUACUGAAAUACUUGAAAAUUUCAUUCAAAUAGUUAAUAAUCCAAAUGAAGAGGCCUCACAUCUACUCUCAAUCCCACGCGAAUUAGCUAAUUCUAAACUACUAUAUGAGCAUAUUGCAUCCUCACCAAUCAUAUUGUCAGAAGAUGCUAUGUCUAAUGCAAUGAGUGGUGGCUUUGGCGGUAAUGACGAUUCUGGAUUCAUGGAUUUUGGUGUCGAUCCAUCUAUGGAUCCAGAAUUAGCCAUGGCUUUACGUCUAUCAAUGGAAGAAGAACAACAAAGACAGGAAAGAUUGAGAAAUCAAAAUAACAAUAACGAUGGUAGUUCGGGCAAUUGA